AUAGAGCCGCAGUUGAUGCAGCCCCAGGCGCAGCAGCAGCACUAUCAUCAGCACCACAGUAUCAGCAGCAGCAGCAGCAGCUGGGUCUGGGCUCAGGGCCCGUGCAGCAGCAGCCUUUCUCCGGGGGUCCACCCCUCCAUUUCUCCUCCCUGGCCUUGCACUCGCCCUCGCCCAAUCCCCUCUCUUCUGGAGACCCUCACCCUUCAGCUGGCAUAAGAGCCCCCCUGGGCGAUGGGCCCUUUAUGAACGGCCCAGGAGCUUCCACGCAGCACGGCUGUACCCUGGUCUGUCCGCCUUUGACCAUCCUCUCUCACAGCACCCACACUCCUUCCCCUUCCACCGGACCCCCCUCGACCACUUACGGCAGGAAUCGGAUUCUCUGCGGGCCUUCCUGGGCGCACCCAACGGCCCGUCCGCUGCUUCGAAGGGAAUGCUUUUCAGCACCUCGGGAGCUCCAGACGACAGUUCAGGGUUAGGGUUAGGGUUAGGGUUAGGGACCGCGGCAGGCCUGCACCCAUCCAGCAACCUACCCUCCCUGGCUGGCCAGCCCCCAGGAGUCUCGCCCUUUUGCUGACCCUUCAUCUGCCCUGGACCCUGCACGCAUGGGUGGCGGCUCAGGCCUAGGGUUCUCAGCACAGGCAGCAGGAGGAAACAGGCUGGUCUGGCUGUCCCGUCUGGCAGGGUGGGGGGCGGCAGGGUGGGGCUGGAUCUGGGAGGGCUCGCAUGUGCCCUUCACUGGCCUGCCCCCUGGGCUCGGUUCACCAGGGCGGGAUCAGGGUUUCUGUCAGGUGGAAGUGGUGGGUGGAGUGGUGGAGAGCGGUUACCGGGUGUUAGCUUGGCUGGUUUUUGGGUUGAGAGAGCAGCAGCAGACGCAGCGGAUGGUGGGGGGGAGUGGUUUUAGGGACAUGGGGCAAGGGGAUGGGCCUCUGCUCAUUUGAUGUCCUUCCACCAGCAGCAGCAGCAGCAGCAGCAGCAGCAGCAGCAGCAGCAGCAGCAGCAGCAGCAAGCAAGCAGCAGCAGCAGCAACAGCAACAGCAACAGCAACAGCAACAUCAACAACACCAGCACCAGCACCAGCAGCAGAACCUCCAGCAGCAGCAGCAGCAGCAACUGCUCUUGCACAUGCAGCAACCGCAACAGCACCAUUUGCAUCAGGCGCACAUGCAUGCAUGCCACAGAACCACACAUCCCCUUCACCCCAGCAGCAGCAGCACUUCCCUCCCCGUCUCAACCAGCCCCCGCCCCUAGACCUCUGGCAGACAACUCUAGGCGGCUCGGCUUUUCCCCAGAAUGCAGGCCUGGAGCAGGGCGCCCAGGAGGGCGUAGGAGCGGCCUGGGAAUGGGGCAGACGGGGUCGGCAGUGGGCCCGGGUGGGGUGGGGGCAUCAGGGUUGGGGGAAUCGCGGCAUGCUCGGCUGGGGUUUGCGCUGCUGCCGGCAGGGAGGGCGAACAGCAGGCCAGUGGAGGUUGGGCGGGGCAUGACAAGCGCAGCUUCCUCGGGCAGGGCAUGAAUGGCACGCCUUGGUGACAGUGGUGACAGUGGUGAGAGUGGUGACAGUGGUGAGAGUGGUGACAGUGGUGAAGUGGACAGUGGUGACAGUGGUGACAUGGGUGACAGUGGUGACAGUUGGUGACAGUGGUGACAGUGGUGACAGUGGUGGUGACAGUGGGGUGACAGUGGUGACAGUGGUGACAGUGGUGACAGUGGUGACAGUGGUGACAGUGGUGACAGUGGUGGCAGUGGUGACAGUGGUGACAGUGGUGACAGUGGUGGCAGUGGUGACAGUGGUGACAGUGGUGGCAGUGCUGACAGUGCUGACAGUGGUGACAGUGGGUGGCGCGCCUUGGUGACACUGGUGUGUCGAUGUUCCUCAGCAUAACUGCGCGCAGGAUCGCAAACGCUAGUACCAUAUUGUGGUUAUGUGCACCAUCUAGGCCUUUGCUUUGCAGGCCCUGUUGAAAGUACAUCAAAAGACUUGAGCGUUUCUGAAGUGUAACACUACACUCGAGGAAGAUUGCAAACGGUACGCGAGUCCA